AUGGUAUUACCUUUCUUUCUUUCUUUCUUUCUUUCUUUCUUUCUUUCUUUCUUUCUUUCUUUGUAUCUUAUUACUUUCUUUUCUUUAAUAUUUUCUUUCUUCAUUCCUUCUUUCUUUUGCUAUAAACUUCAUUUGAUAUUUUUCUUGCCAGUCAUAUUUUUUUCUGAUUUAAGUUGUAAUUUUCCUUUAUCAUUUUCUUUCAUUCUUUCUUUCUUUUUCCUUUUGUUUUUCUUUCUUUCUUUCUUUCUUUCUUUCUUUCUUUCUUGUUUGCGCUUUCCAUUUCUUUCAUCUUUCUUUGGUAAUUUUUUUCUUGAGUUGGAUUAUCUAUCUUUUUUUCUUUGUAAUAUUUCUUUUCUCUUUUACAUUAUGUCUGUCUGUCAGUCUUUCUUUUUUUUAGUCUUUCAUUUUGUCUGUCUGUCCGUUUUUCUUUCUGUCCCACAGUCUUUCUUUUUUCUUUCAUUUUUCUUUCUUUCACUCACUUUCAUUUCUAACUCUUUCAAUCUGUCUGUCGAUCUUUCUUUUCUUCUUUCUUUCUUUCUUUCUUUUUUCUUUGAUUUUGUCUGUCUGUCUGUUUUUCUUUCUUUCAUUCUUUCUUUCUUUCACUCUCACUUUCAUUUCUAUUUCUUUCUGUCUGUCUGUCUGUCUGUCUGUCUGUCUGUCAGUCUUUCUUUCUUUCUGUCUUCCUCUAGGUCUUUUACAUUUUUGUUAUUGAGUAGGGUUAUAUAUCUUUCUUUCUUUCUUCCUACAGUUUCAUUUUUCUUUUAUAUUCUUUCUUUCUUCCUCGCUUUCUUUCUUUCUUUCUUUCUUUCUUUCUUUCUUUCUUUCUUUCUUAAUAUCUGUCUGUUAGUCUUAAUCUAUGUUAUUUCUCUUUCUCUCUUUCCAUCUCCCUCAUUCUUUCCCUCUUGCUCUCUCUUUCCAUUAGUUUCUGUCUCUGUUUUCCCACUAACCUGUCCUCUUUUCUUUUCCUUCAUUUAUCACUUCAGUCUUUUUUCUAUUUCUUUCUUUCUUCUUUACAAUCUCAAUAUACAGGCUGUUUGCUUCUUUCUUUCUUUCUUUCUUUCUAUCUCCUUUUCUUAUGGUCGCUGA